GUAGACGACGGCAGCAACGGCGACGAUCCACGACGUCGACGUCGGCAGCUGGCUUCGCUGUCGUGGUGGUGGUACUAGUGUCAUAGCGAGCUGGCUGGUUCUAUGGUGGGGGUAGCGCACAGAAGUGGGGCGCGAGUGGUGGUGGAAGGGGAAGCUGGAGUAGUGGUGGCAGGCAGAGCGACAGUGGCGACGUUAACGUCGGCCGUGGCAGCUUAGCGUAGCGGUGUGCACCGCACGGCCCGGUGUUGCUGAUACAGUGUGGAACAGCGAAAUCUCGCCGAGUGCGAGUGGCGCGCAUUACAUCGUUCCCGGUUGACAGUCGAAAUCAUAUCUAUCGAACGUGAAUUGAAUCGAGAACGUGUCGCGUACAUCUACGUAUAAUAGCGUAAACGGAAUAAUUCGCGCGGAAAAGUUAGAAAGUUGAGAGUUAAUUAAUGUUAAAGAUGUUAUAAAGUAGUGUGAUAUGAAAUCGAAAGAAAGAUCGGGAGAGAAACGUGUCGAACAAUCGCGUGCGAUCGUUGCACCGUGAGUGAUGUUACUAUCGUUUCGACAGUGAUCACGCGUGUUCUAACCGCUUGCGUGGCUUCCUAACCCGUCACGAAACCUCUACGUAGUUGCAUCUGACGGAGUUUAAAGUGAUUUUUCUAGUGUGCUUCUUUGCUAUUCUGCGUCGCGUUUUCGUGUUCGAUUGCGAUCUAUCAUUAGUGUCGAUUAAUUUCAAUCGUCGUGUCGGUUAAUUGUUACUCCAUGUUACACUGAAGAAGAUGUGGGAACAGUGUGUGAAAGACACGCAGGACGAGGAUACAGGAAGACAGUUCCCGUGAAGGCGAGUCAAGCAGAGAUCCUUCGAUCUCGAUUAAUUCGAAGAAACAUACGGUGUCGGUGGAAUUGGUGGAUGAUGAUGCUUGACAAUCGGUUGCUAUGAUCGAGCCGCGGAGAGUUCACGUGGAACGAUCAUGAUUUACCUUAGGCUGCACGUCGGGAGGAGUCUACGGUGCAACACGAAUGCAAGACACUGGACCGUGUUCAUCGUGCCACUCUUCCCACUCUGGAUUAUCGGCGCCUUUUGUGUGAAGGACAUCCCGAUAUCGCACAUCGUGGCGCUUGUCGGUGAUCCAACGUACCUUCCCUGCGACAUAUCAACCACUCACGAAGGGGAUUCUGUACACCUAGUACUGUGGUACCGCGAGGACCUCGGUACAUCCGUUUACAGUGUCGAUGCGAGGGAUCGGGAUUUUGGUAUUGCCGAACGAUGGUCGGACGACACUGUGUUUUCGAAUCGAGCAUAUUUCAUGCCGGACAAGAAACCGGCCGAACUCGGCGUGGACCACAUAAGGGAAGAGGACGCUGGCAUCUACAGGUGUCGCGUCGAUUUCCAGAUCGGCCAGACGCGAAACUCCAAAGUCAAUUUAACGGUGAUAGUUCCGCCGCACAAAAUCGUGAUCGUCGAUGAUUCCGGAAUCGCACGGAACUCUAUGGUGGGUCCGUACAUAGAGGGCGACACUCUGCGGCUCUACUGUGAUGUGUACGGCGGUAAGCCAGCGCCGACGGUGUCCUGGCACCGCGACGACAAACUCGUCAGCAACAAAACCGUAACAGUGAGGAACGGCGUGACGCGCAACGAGCUCGUUAUAAAAAAUUUAGGACGAGACGACGUCCGCUCCAUGCUAACCUGCAACGCAACGAAUAACAAUAGGUCCAUCCCGCUCUCCUCCACCGUUUACGUCGACAUGAAUUUUCCCCCGUUGGAAGUGAAGAUAAUCGGGUCGAACCAGCCGUUGUCGGCGGGCAAGAGGUACGAGCUGGUAUGCACCACUUCCGGCUCCAGGCCACCGGCUACGGUAACCUGGUGGAGGAACGAUCAGCGUUUGGUAGAGACCAAGGAGACUACCUCGAGCGAUGGGAACACGACCACCAGUAUCUUAUCUUUCAUGGCGACCAAAGCAGAUGCUGGUAGACAAUUGUCGUGCCGGGCUGAACAUCCAAUCAUGGGAGCCGAGUCGAUAAAAGACGACUGGGUGCUCGAGAUACAGUACACGCCGGAAACGCGGAUACAGCUGGGCACCUCUUUGAAUCCUAACGCGAUCCGCGAAGGAACUGACGUCUACUUCGACUGUCUGAUUCAUGCCGAGCCACCCGUUUACAAGGUUGAAUGGCGACACUUGGAAAAAACUCUUCAUCUCAACAUCACACAGGGUAUCAUAAUCAGUAAUCAAAGCUUGGUGUUGCAAGGCGUCGACCGUAAAAGCGCAGGCAAUUACACCUGUGUUGGAUACAACACGGAAGGAGAUGGGGAAAGCUCUCCGUUUUAUUUGAACGUAAUGUUCGCGCCCACCUGCAAACCGAAUCAGACGAAGGUUCAUGGAGUGGCGAAACAAGAAAAGGCAAACAUAUCUUGCCAAGUGGACGCGAACCCGCCUGAGGUUCAAUUCCGCUGGACCUUCAACAACUCCGCCGAGAGUAUCGACGUAGCCGCGAGUCAUAUCGCCAGGGCUGGCACAUCCUCGAUCGUCUCUUACACACCCAUGACGGAAUUGGAUUACGGCACGUUGCUCUGCUGGGCCACCAAUCGAAUAGGACAUCAACAAGUGCCCUGCGUCUAUCACAUCAUACCGGCCGGUCGACCGGAUAUGGUUCACAAUUGCACCACUUCCAACACAUCGACGAACUCGUUCUCGGUGCGAUGCGCUGAGGGGUUCAACGGAGGUUUGCCGCAGUCCUUUCUUCUGGAAGUAAGAGAAAGCAACAGCCAAGAAUUGCGUGCUAAUCUGACAUCGAUGGUGCCGCGUUUUAGUGUUACUCAGCUGGAGUCAGGCGCCCUUUAUCAGGCCUGCAUAUACGCGUACAACGAUAAAGGGCGCAGCGAGGCGAUGGUAGUGCAGGCUGGAACCCUCAGGCUACCUGAAAAACAAUUAACGUCAGAGUCAGAGAGACCAAGACAGAAUAUAAGACUAAUGCCGAUGGUGAACGUGAUGAUUGGCGUGGUGGUCGCUCUGAUCAUCGUCGUGGCGAUAGUGGUGAUCGUGCUGAAACUUCAGCACACGCAGGUAGACGAGCAAAGUAAGUCUCAGAUGGAGGAUCAUGGCAAACAAACGAAAACGAUCCCUAUCCAACGGGAGCUGAGGUUUCGCGAGGGAAGCAGUCUGCUCACGGAUGAGAAACAUCCUAGCAGUCCGUUCAGGAAACUCGAGAGUAGCGGUGACAUAAGCGAAAACGACGAGAAGAAUCCAGACAUCAUACCUCAACAAAUCACAGGCGACGAGCCAUCGGAGUACCUGAGAAAGAGGCGGCUCGUGUCGACGAUCGAAACGUCACCGUCGAGAAGUUUGCUGGAGCAGUCGACGGUUACUUCCGUCAGCGGUCACGGCAGUUACGUUGGCUACUGCACCAUUCGUAACGGCAUGCCGUUGCACGAAUUCUCGAAUCUGACGAAACAUAAAAGCUUUCAGCCGAUAGUGGGCGAUGACUAUCAAAGCGGCGUUUGCACUUUGCCGAGGCAACACUGGCCGAGUCAAAGCGUUCAAUCAAUGUCGAUGACGAUGAGCCCGCCGAUACUCUACACUGGUGUCGGUGUCGUCAGCAGAACCUGUCCCAGCGGCGCCUUGAUGACCAAGGACAUGGAGGCAAGGAUUCCAGCGCAGUGUUGCAUCCAGUCGCAGAAAGAUGGCAAGAUAAGCACACCGAUCGUGAUGGCGAAAAGGGAGAGCUCCGUGUGACAUUUUUGUCGCUCGCAGACCAGCCACGUGUGAGCAAGCAUCGUUCGACGUGUUGUUUCUCGAGCCGCGUAUCAGUGCCGAAAGUUUUCUGGUAACAGGUACACACAGUUGACGGCAUCGUUGGAACGUACGGAUGAAUAAUUAAAGUUAUUCCGUGUCGAACGUGUUCUCUGUUACAGUAAUCGGGAGCCACAGACGAAGUACAAAAGGAUCGCUGAUCCUUCCGAUUACACCGAGCAAAUCUUUUCACGAAUCUAGCGUUAUUAAUCUUUUUCCUCCUACUAUCGUGUAUCGUAAGCAAGUAAACAAAUGUAUAAAUAAAGGUAGAGGGAGGUAUAGCCAAAUGGCGGGGGAGAAUUACGCGACCUUGAAAAUAUCAGAAGAAUCGUUACCUAUUAUAACAGGGUACUUCACGAAGAUCGUUAAUUUUGAGAGACAGAUCGAAUAGUUAAUGGUAUUCUUCUUCGACAGUUAACGAGUAAAGAGCAUGGUCGUAUCAUCGAUCAUUUACGACAAACAGACCCUGUACAUUCCUCGACCAAAUCAAGCGCAUCGUUCGGGAGUCUAGGAGACGUUCGACAGUUGCGUGUACGGAUGCGAUGCGAGCAAAGAAUGGAGCUGAUACAUACAGAUUCGCACGCAAAUCGGAAACGAGGCCGGUUGUAUUUCGAACGAAUUUAUUUCCUCUCCAGCGAUAGCAUCGCGUUUGCGUCUCUCUGUUCGAUCAAGUGCCCUUUUUACAUUGAACGGACGAUUCUCGAGCUAGUGUGAAUACAUUGAAACAAAAGAGAGAAAGAGAGGAAGAGAGAGAGAGAGAGAGAAAAGAAAAACAAAAGAGGAGGAAAGUGAAAGAGAAAAAUGUCGGAGAUUACCGUGCGUUGUAAAAGGCGUGCAUGUGCAACCGGGAACGAAUUAUUGAUAGAAAAUAUACUUAUACAUAUGCACGGAUUUCGUGCGUGCUGUACAUAUACCUUGAAUACGGAGGAUAUUUUAUACAGAUUGCUAUAGUAUAAAGAUGAAACAAAUAAAAAAAUAGAUAUGAAAAAAAGAUAACAAUUUAUUCCCACUUUUAUUAUGGUAAAAAGGGGAAGAAAAGAGAACAAUGAGGGAGGAAAAAUACACACUGUACAAUUCGUUUAGUCGUUGUAAGUAUAAAUAAUGUACAUGAGUAUAAAAAUCGGUCGAGGCAACCAGAAUAACGUACACUGAGGAUGCCCCACGACGUGACGAGAUAGGAAAAUUAAAACAGUCAAUGGGAACAAGAAUUUCGUGUGAGUGCGUGUUCGAUGUUAAACAGGGGUGGGGGAGGAAAAAAAAGAAACGAGGACACAGAAGACAUAUCGUUCAGCUUUCCAUCACCGAAAAAAUUGAAAUUAACGACGAGACGUUAGAAACAAGUUGUAUCGAGCGCGAAAGGAAGAAAAAUGUAGGAAAAAGAAAAUUGAAAAAAGAAAGAAGAAAGUAGAACGAACAUAAAGAGAUCCCCCGUUGCUUUCGUCAGUAUGCAGUAUUCUGGAUUUUAUUGUAAAAUUACGGUAUCUGUAUGAUGUAUAAAGUAACGAUUUUCCCUCUGCGUAAUGGUUUGAGGUGAAAGAAGACAGAAAGAGGGGGAAGGAAACGAAUAGAAGCCUGUCUUGUUCUUAAAAAUUGUACUAUUAUCUGUUUCGAUACUUGGUAAAAAUUUCGAGUUGCUUCUUCCUUCGGAGAUCGUCGAUAUUUAUUUAUGGUAACUUACAUCCAGAAAGUUUGACAAAUUUCAUUAUUACUUUUAUUAUUUUUUUAUUGAAAGAAUGAAUAAAUUCAGCAGAGGAAUAACAGUUCUUUUUUAACUCGUAAUACGUAACUCGUAAUAUUUCUAAUAUUAUGAAAGACCAUACACGAUAUAUUUUACGAGCAUCGUCGCGAAAUUUUCUGACUGUAAGUUAUACCAUGACGAUCGAACGGAAAGGUUAAAGAAUAUAAAGAAUUCUCCAUACAAGAUUAACUCAAGAAUGGUACACUUUGACAAGUGGUAAGGAAAGUUUGUUACGAGUAUCGCUUUUAUACACGGAUCGCGACUAGAAGCUCGUGAAAGAGGAGAGAAAACAAGUGUGUAUAGCUUCCUUAAUUGUUAAGCUCUUAAAACUGCAGAAGCGAGGAAGAGAAAGCUUUCCGCUUCGCUCUGUAAAUGUCUGCACUUUUCCCUAAUAAACAAUAAACACAUCUGUGUGUAUGCGUGUAUUUAAACGAAACCAAAGAAAAGAUUAGAAGAAGAGAAGGAAAAGACGCAGAAAAACCUGGACACUCAGUAUGUAUAAAUAAUUCGGUGUGACACGGUGAUAGGAAAUGGCGGACAGUGGUUUUUCACGAGUCAUUCGUGUAAAUACAAUUAUCGAAAAUUAGACGUUUUCUCGAGUCCUUUAGAUGAAUGUGUUCUUUCGAUCGCUAGUCGUUAAGUUUUAUCCUCGAAGUCACGGUGUCUGACUUUAAUAUUUAAAAAGAUUUAAGAAAUAAAAAAAGAAGGAUGAAUAUGUCUCGCGCCGAAAGUGAAACGCGCGAAUCUCGUUAUUUAUUAUUGCCAUUGAUGGAAUUGAUGUUGGCGCAUAGCCAGUGUACUAAGGGGAACUCUACUAAUCGUUACGAAACGCCUAUUUCACCUUGUAUUAAACGUUUAACGCUGAAAGGCUGAACAGAAAACAAAAACAAUCUACACGAACUCAUCCCGGCACGAUAGUGGCGAGCUAGUAUCGUUUCGACGACAAACGAUCUCGGGACCUUAACGAGUUUCGCUAGCAGCGCAAUAAAUCUUCAAAGCAAACUGCCAAUAAACCUUUUGAUAAUUUAUUCGAGUACAAUUCUCUGUAAUUAUAUCGACGAAACGGUCUAAACCGGACAGUAUCGGUAUUGACUGGAAUUUCUUUUCACCAUCAUGUUCUAUUGUUCGAGAAAACGCGUUACUGUAGCGAAAACAAAUCGCUUUCCGUUCUCCUUUUCAUUUUUCUUUUUUAAGGUCGACCAACAUGUAUGCUGCGUUGCUCGGAAAACAGGCAUUCCAAGUCGAUAACCAAAUUAACCAAAUGAAGUUUUACAAAUUUUUAACGUAACGUAAUCCUGCGUGUAUAAUGCCUUUGGUUCGUCGAAUCAAUACUAUUACGAUCCUCCUUCUCGAACCCGGUACAGAACAUCAAAUCACGAGGCGCCGGCCAGAUGGUAUCUGCAAGAUAAUCGUCGUCAUUCUGAAUGUUAAAGACGUUUCUUGGUAUUGCGCGAGGCUGCUCUUCAAGCGCAGAAUCAUUUGGUCAGUUGUGAAACAUCUUGUGGUCCUCGUGUAUGUAAAUUGUAUAAAUCGUCGAGACUCGGAAAAGUAGCUCCCUCGAAAUGACUGUGUAAUACAUAUAUCAUUCGUUUAGAAACCUGGUCUUUGUUUCGGUUAUUAAUUCGUUGUGAUAUUUGUAAAUGGUAAACACUUGCUUUCGUUUGUAGGAAAUGAAAUGUGACGAGAAAUGAAUAUUCAAGUUAUAAAAUACGGUUCUCUUGUUGAUUUGCGCUUAACUGUGUGUUAUACAGAAUGGGAAGUAAUUCGCCGGCAGUAGAAUCCAAAAGGAAGUGAUAUCUCGAGCAAAGACCAAUUAAUGACUUUGAAUUUUUGAGGAAAUCGAUCGUAAAAAUUCAAAUAGGUACACGUGCACUUAAUGAACUUUCGAUUUGAGUCCACGUGUAUUUGGUAAAUUUUACGAAUAAUCAACAAGUUUUUAAGCCAUUCACUGCCGGUCAAAUUUAGAGCAUGUUAUCCUGAGUGCCAAGAUUUUAUUUUAAAGAAAACAUGGAAUUUCAUAAAAUCUAUAUAUUAUUAUAUAAAUAUUAUUAUGUAUAAAAUAUUACUAUAUAAAAUUUUCGUUUAUCCUUUCUGAUAAUUCCAAACCCAAA